CUCCACCAGCACAACAAUUCCAGCACAAUUCACACAAAAAUGAACGACCCGGCAUUCGCGAUCGAAACCGACCUCCAAACGCAGAGCAUCCUCCUUGCUGCCGCAAAUCACGACAUCGCCGCGCUACGCAACCUCCUCCGCAACUCCUCCGCCAACGUCCAAGACCCAGAGACUGGCUUCACACCCUUACACGCUGCAAUUGCUGCCUGCGAGCCAGGUACGGAAGAAGCGAACCGAGUGAAUGGGCAUGAAAAUGGCGACAGAAAUGGGGUACGGGAAGGCGAGGACAGCGAGGAGAGGACGCAAGAGCUCGAAGGCGCCGUGAAGACGGUCAGGCUACUGUUCGAGAACGGUGCGAUAUGGAACGACCUGGACGGCAAUGGCGAGACGCCCGGCUGCAUAGCGCACAGAUUGGGACUGAAAGAGCUGUAUGAAUUGUGCGUGGAUGGUGGUGUGCGAGCCGAGCUGCUGCUGAGUCGACUAGACGAAUACCAGCCGCUGGGUGAUGCUGAUUCCGACGAAGAGGAAGAGGAUAUUGAAGAGGUACUUAAGGGUACUCGAGAGACUCAAGAUAGCCAGGAGGUACAUUUAGAUGACAGAGAGUUACAUCCGGACGACUCGACGCGAAACCCCAACUAUCUCGCCUCAACUCUGACCUUCGACCGCAACAAGAUAGUAGAUGAGACGACUAACGGCGUCAUGAUGGGGUGGGAAACCACCUUCAUGAGACGAUCUGCGGAGCUCCUCCUGCCUACCACCGGCCUUCGCGUGCUCAAUAUUGGGCACGGUAUGGGGAUCAUUGACGGGUUCUUCCAAGAGAAAACUCCGAAGUCGCACCACAUCAUCGAAGCACAUCCAGAUGUGCUGAAACAGAUGAAGGAAAAAGGCUGGCACGAUAAACCUGGGAUAGUCAUUCAUGAAGGCCGAUGGCAAGACAUCGUUCCCGGCCUAAUGGAAAGGGGCGAGCUCUAUGACGCGAUAUAUUUCGAUACUUUCGCCGAAGAGUACAAGGCACUACGCGAGUUCUUCACCGAGUGUGUCAUCGGGUUGCUUGACCCCUCUCGAGGCGCAGAUGGAGAGGGAGGAAAGUUCGGCUUCUUCAACGGCAUGGGCGCGGACCGGCAAGUCUGCUACGACGUCUAUAAUAAGAUCGUCGAGAUGGAUCUCUUCGAAGCAGGCUUCGACACUGAAUGGGAAACGAUACCGAUCCCAGACCUUGACGCAGAAGGAGAAUGGGAUGGAGUGAAGAGGAAAUAUUGGGUUCCCGAUAAAUACAAACUACCCACGUGCAGCUUUAUCGGCUGAGAGACCCCAGACGCCCACAUUCGUACGCCAACGCUAAAACCAGAUGCCACCUUCCUACAGAAUAUCC